UCUUCUGUCAUCGAGUUCCGAAUACUUUACUUACAGAUUGUUGCUAGGGAGUAAAUUCUAUUAUCUUUUCAGUAUUAAUUAGCUAUGACGCGAACGGUUAGAUGGAGUACUUGACGUCAGCAUGCCUACUCCUGAAAAAAAAAACCCUCAGCGUGAUAGUGACGGAGAGCGAAGCGGAAAUUCCAAGGCCACGGCCAAUGGGCGGGAAGUCACCGACCCUAUAACUCAUUUUCCUGUCACUAUUCACGACAACACGUCUAUCGAACUCGAGCAAAUACCACCUUCUCGUUCAGAUUCGAAAGCGACAGAGGAUAUGACUACUGAGGAAACAGAUCAACAACGGCAUACUGAAAUGGAACGAGUUGUAUGGGAAGAGACGAACAAAGGCUGGUGGGAAGAACCCAACCACAACCGUACGCGUACCGCAUUAGUUGUUGCGAUCUCUGUUUCCAUAGGUGGAUAUACAACCCUGAUUAUAUCGAAGAUUCUACCAAGAAUAUCUACGAGGAGCACUUCUGGUGAGGGCUUUGGUAUCCUGGACAUCUAUAUUGGCGUUGUGGCGUACACGCUAUUGGCAAUAGCUGCCGGCUUUCUUGUCCUUCGUUAUGAGACCAAGGAUGAGAACAAUAAUAACCAGCAGGAGAAACCAUGGACGAAACCAUCGGCUCAAGAAAGACCAGAAUCUGCUGUCUGGCUCAACUCUUUCUUAGACACUCUAUGGCCCAUUGUGAAUCCUGCUUUAUUCACUGCGGUCUCCGACAUGCUCGAGGACUCUCUACAAGCUUCAUUGCCGAAAAUGAUUCAUGCAGUACGCGUCGCUGACAUCGGCCAAGGCUCUGAGCCUCUGCGGAUACUGGGUAUCCGAUGGCUGGAUGGAGCGGAUGCAACCCAGGCCCGCCCCGGAAUGGCUGCUGAAGAGGGCGAUUUCGUCAAUUUUGAGGUUGCAGUAGCGUAUCGCGCUACUUCUUCCAGCUCAUCUUUGAAGGGAAGAUCUGCGAAUCUACAUCUCUUGAUGCAGUUCUGGUUAACAGGCGGAAUCGUUCUUCCCGUAUGGGUAGAUAUCACUGGAAUAAUCAGUACAGCUCGAGUCAGAAUCCACCUCACUCCGAAUCCUCCGUUUUUGUCAUUGAUGACUUUGACCCUCAUGGGUCAACCAAAAGUCAAACUUACUGCCACGCCACUAGCGAAGAAUUUCCUGAACGUGAUGGACAUGCCCGGUCUUUCAGGUUGGUUACAGAAGAGCAUCGACGCCGCGAUAUCAGAAUACGUAGCUCCGCACAGCCUAAGCGUGGACUUGAAGACAGUGUUGAUGGGAAGAGAAAAAAUGGACACAGAGGCGCGUGGAGUGGUAUGGAUCACUGUCAAGUCUGCAACAGGCUUCAAGAAUGGGGAUGGUAUCGAGAUAUGGAAAAGCGAAAAUGGUCGUAAAGGCGAUGUGUAUGUGACUGCUAGCUGGGGCAAGUGGGGAAAGCCACUUUGGUCCACGAGAAUAAUCCAGAACGAAGCUCAUCCCAUAUGGGAAGAAAGUACUGCAUUGUUAGUCACCCCUUCAGAGCUGAACGCUCAAGAGAAGCUCAAACUUCAAUUAUGGGAUUCUGAUCGCUUUACUGCAGAUGAUAAUCUUGGAACCAUUGAAUUACCUUUGUUCGAUAUCAUGAAUACCUCCGAGACCUGUAAUCGGAUUGGCCAUCGGCAGGACCGUUUCCUCGCCGAAGAUGGGAGAUCCCAUUGGCCUGGAAGCCUCACCUGGUCUGUCGGGUACUUUUUCAAAACCACGCUUGAACAACAUAUGGCCAACAAAGAAGGCGAGAACGUGCAGGAUCUCAAGAGUGACAUCGCGGAAGAAGCAAAAGCCAAGCUGCGGGAAGCCGAGACUCGGAAAUAUAGCGAAAAAGCAAGUGAAGUCGAACAACAGAAGAAGCAGGAUUUACGUGAAAAGACGGAAGAGAUUGUAUCAGGCACGCCGCCAACUAGGGAAUGGCCUGCCGGUAUAUUGAGUGUGCGGAUAGAGCAGAUUACCGGUGUGGAGGUUGAUAAUCCGAGGCAGUCCGGCUCAAAGGGGACUAAGAAUGGUGAAGAUGGCGUCGAGGAAGAGGAGGGUGACGAUAUGCCUAGCCCGUAUUGCACAAUCAUCAUUAACCAUGCAAAAGUAUACAAAACAAGAACAAAGAUGAAGGCAAAUAAUCCCUAUUAUGACGCUGGAACGGAGCGAUUUAUCAAGUCUUGGCCCACUACCGUAGUCAUGAUUGCUGUCCGCGACGCUCGGAUGCACGAGGUCGAUCCACUCAUCGGUGUUGUUGUCCUACCACUUCAGCAGCUUUUUGUCAAACGUGGCAGAUCACAGAUCACCGACACGUUCCCUCUUGUCGGCGGUAUCGGCUAUGGCAGACUGAAGUGUUCUUUGGUAUUUCGCAGCGUACAGAUUCAGCCAUCUCAGGAAUAUUUUCCCAAAGCGUCAUUAGGCUGGGAUGUUGGCACACUAGAAGUCAAAUCCGAAACAAUGCGCGCAUCGGGAAGUCUUCCAGAUGACCUUAAAUCCGCGAGGAUAUUACUCCGCACCCUGUACGGUCGAGACAAAGCUCUCCCUAACAGUCUGCAUGACGGUUGGCACCAGAAGAAGGAUAGGCCGGUCCGUCUGGCAGUCAAGAAUCGGUUCGCAUCAUGUCUCCUUAUUCAGUUUCGAAAAACUGCCCUCGGGCCAGACAAGACACCUGCGUUUGGCACGUUGUGGUUGAAAGACCUUCCUGACCUCGAGGAAGUCACUGUACGAAUCUCUGUACGGCGGAAUGAGGGAAAUGCGAUGGUAAGAGGACGAUUUAAUGCUAGUGAUGAUAUCGGGGAAAAGGUCGGCGAGCUGGAGAUGCAGGUUCAAUUUUGGCCUGGGCUAAGCGGAUAUCAUCACUGGUUAGCAGAUCAGGAUCCUUCUCUUGCAGAUGUGAUGGAGGUGCUUGAUGCGGCGGAAGAAUCAGAAGAGGUAUCAAAGGAGAUGUUGUAUGAAGAAGGAUUGGACAGUGAUGCUGAACUCAUGUCUUCCUCCUCCUCUUCGUCUUCGUCAUCGCCAUCAUCGAGUAGCGAAAGUAGCGAUGUUAAAGGAGGGAGAGUGAAGAACGUGAAAACUGCAAUAAAGGACUAUAAUAGACGAAAAGGGGACUUACAUAGGAAGCAUCGUGGGCUCAUGCAAUGGGAUGCGGCCAGGAAAGUUGCGUGGAUUGGGAGGAGUACUGAGAAUGAAGCCAAAAAGUUCAAACAGAAAUUGGCGGGGAAGCUCAAGCAUGAGCAAAGGGACGGCGGAAUGGAAAAAGAAGUUUGAUUGUUGGGUCUUCAGAGCUUCAGCUCUGACAGACUAUUUGCCAACGAAUAAUUCAAUUUGUAA